AUGAUUCAACAAACAAUGUCAAUAUCAUGUCAACGUAUUCAAAUAGCAUAUAAAGCUAAAUUUAUAUCAAAAUCUAAUGAUUAUAUUUUGAUAGAAAAGAAAUCAUUUAUUAAUUGGUUUGAUCAAAAAUUUACUCAAAUGAAUAUACGGUUUCCUUGGAAUCUUAUCGGUCAACAACUUGAUGAAGAUAACAAUAAAUCAUUUUUGAUUCAAUUCACUUUUCAAUUAGUAAUAAAUACUUUACAAUCAGUUCUUAACAAUGAUUAUUAUUCAAAAAAACGAAAAGCUUGUCAUAUUUUAUUUCAAUGUAUCUAUUCAGUAUUUCUUAUUUGUCUUUUAUUAACAAGUGGUUUUCUUUUAUGGAUGAUUAUCAUUAUUAUUGAAGGAAUUACUAUUGAAAGAAAAAUUCAUGAUUAUAUUGAAAAAUCUUCAUUAGAAUUAAUUGCAUUUAUAGAACAUACAGCAUUUAUAACAAAUUGUUUUUUUAAUUCAAUUGAAAUAAAUGAUGAUAAAUUUGAAUCUACAUUAAUAACUAAUGAAACUCUUCAUACCAAUUUCGAUUUAAAAUUCGCAUUAAAUGGUGUAUCAUUUUUAACAAAUAUUUUUCAUGAUCUAUCAAUACAUUUAAAAAAUUUAAAAAAUUUAUUUCAUUUUUGGUUCAUGUUCACUAAAUUUGUUAUUCUUCUUCCACAUGUAGCUGGUGCUUGUUCAGCUUGUAAUGAUUUGAAACAAAAACAAGUUUAUAAUUCACUGUUAUUUGCUAGUAAAUGGUUUAAUUCGACUUUUCUCAUAGCAAUGAAUAAUGAACCUAUUGAUAUUGAUCAAUUAAUUGAAAAAUGUAAACAAAAUCUGCCGUUAUUGUCAAUUAAUGAUUUUAUUCGUUUGGGAUUAUUAGAGAAUAAAAUGGAUAAAAUAGAUAAUAUUAAUAUAGAUAAAAUGAAUAUAGAAGACAUUGAUCUUAAUCAAUAUCAUCUAUUUCAUUAUUUAAUAACUUCAAUUAUUACAACAAUAAGUCAUUUACUUUUAUAUUUAAUAACAAUUCUUCUUCAUCGAUGUAUUCAAAACUACAAAUAUAAAUCUUGUCAUUUGAAGUUUUCAUUUCAAUCAUCACCUAUACUUACUACAAAUCAUUCUAUGAUAAUACCUUCAAAUCAAAAUCAACAAGAUGAAAUAGAAACAAAAAUUGAAUAUCAAAAUCAUCCAAUAAUAAUUCAAUAA